AUGACGAAGCCAUCAGGCACGGGCCAACCAAAGCCACCAGCAACAUCAUCCUCAGGUGCUUCUUCCUUGGUAACGACCUUUUUCGACCGCCCACUCCCCCUUUACCUAUCCGCCGCAAUAUUUCGUCUGGUGUUUCUCCUUUAUGGCCUCUGGCAGGACGCAAACUCCCCCGUCAAAUACACCGACAUCGACUAUCUCGUCUUCACCGAUGCCGCACGCUUCGUCUCCCAAGGGCAGAGCCCCUAUAAGCGAGAGACCUACCGCUACACUCCAGUCCUGGCCUGGCUUCUUCUCCCAACAGCCCAUGUUACCGGAAACCGGACCCUAGACGUUGCAUUCUUCAGCUUUGGCAAGGUUCUCUUUGCCAUAUCAGACUUGGUAGCAGGAUGGCUUCUAGAAAAGGUGCUCGCCAAAUCCAUGGAUGCCCCUCGAGCCCGCAAAUUCGCCACCAUCUGGCUUCUCAACCCAAUGGUAGCCACCAUCAGCACAAGAGGAAGCUCUGAAGGUCUUCUCGGAGUACUAGUCAUGGCACUACUAUGGGCCGUGUUGGAAAGACGUGUCACCUUGGCCGGUCUAUUGCUCGGCUUCAGCGUACAUUUCAAAAUCUACCCCUUUAUCUACGCCCCCGCCAUCGUCUGGUGGAUGGACAACGAAAGAAUGUCCCCCAACAAGACCAAACCCACCAGUCUAUCAUCCAAACCACCCUCCCUCACCGCCAAAAUCCUCAACUUCAUCACCCCACCCCGCCUCCAACUCGCCCUCAUCAGCCUAACCACCUUCUCAACCCUCAACAUAGCAAUGUACCUCAUCUACGGCACCCCCUUCCUCCAAGAAACCUACCUCCACCACGUAACCCGCCUCGACCACCGCCACAACUUCUCCCCCUACAACACCCAACUCUACCUCUCCACCUCCCUCCCCCUUUCUUCAUCAUCUUCCAUCCGCAUCGAAAAACUAGCCUUCCUCCCCCAACUCCUCCUCUCAACAGUCUUCAUCCCGCUCGUCACUGCCAAAAAAUCCCUCCCCACCUCCAUGCUCGCCCAGACGUUCGCCUUUGUCACCUUCAACAAGGUCUGCACGAGCCAGUAUUUUUUGUGGUAUAUGGUCCUGCUCCCCCUGUACCUCCCCCAGUCGAGCUUUGUGAAGAAUAAAAGGUUCGGGCUCGCGGCGCUGGUGCUGUGGGUGGUGGCGCAGGGUGCGUGGCUGCAGCAGGGGUUUGAGCUGGAGUUUUUGGGGAAUAGCACCUAUUUGCCGGGCUUGUGGCUGGCGAGCUUGGCGUUUUUGGGGGUGAAUUGUUGGAUUUUGGGGGUGAUUAUUGGGGAUGUGAGGUAA